AUGGAUAUAGAUGAAGAUGCGUACCCGUGCCCGAGUUUCAACAGCUAUUCCUCCGGCCGAUUAGCCGAAAUCGCCCGGCGAAUGGCGGCGCCAAAUCCGAGCGACGAUGAUUUCGAGUUUGCUCUGUUUCCCGAAGACAGGGUGAUCUCAGCCGUUGAUCUCAGCGCCGUUUUUCCAGUGUUCGAUCGAGAUCUAUUGUCAGCCAACGGCGGCGCCGGAGACAAAAUCGGGUCGAAAAGUGAAGCAGAUCUGCCGGAAUCGAGCGUCGCGGUAGCUCCGCUGAGCAAACUAUUCGCCGAGGAAAGCGAAGACCGGGCGUCCUGCUCUUCGACGGAGGCCGACGAGCUGGAGAGCGUGCCGGAGGGCACGUACUGUGUGUGGCGGCCGAGGGCGGAGGACCGGCCGCCGCCUGGCGGAUGCAGGAAGAGCAGCUCGACCGGUUCGGCGUCCAAGCGGUGGAGGUUCCGCGACCUGCUGCGCAGUAAUAGCGAGGGGAAGGACAGUUUCGUCUUUCUGGCGCCGAAAAACAGGGAGGAGAAGCUGCCGACGGCGGCGGCGGAGCUGCCGGGAAGAGCGAAGGGGAAAGGGGCCGGGACGGCGGCGCGUUCGGCUCACGAGUUGCUCUACGUGCAUAAAAGGGCGGUUGCGGAGGGGAAUAAGAAAAAAUCGUACCUGCCUUACAGGCGAGAUCUCGUGGGGUUCUUCGUGAAUGUCGACGGGUUGGGUAAAAGUUUCCCGCGCUUCUAG